AAACGUACAUAACACGCUGAAAGAAUGAAUAGACCAUUUCGUAUUUCGGUGUCGUAUCGUGAACUUCGUAUCGUAAUUAGGUGAAUUUUCAUAAUCAAAAAUGACAAAAUCAGCAGGAACUGUGAAUCAAGUUCUAUCACUGAUGACAGUGGCUUUUAACGAACUGACAAUCGGAAUCGCAAAUGGCUGGGUAGCACCUACAUUGAACGGUUUACGAACCCCCGGAGGUGAACUCUCUGUCACAAUAGAAGAAAGUUCAUGGAUCGCUUCAUUGGACCAUUUUGGAAAAAUAUUCGGAGCAAUUUUUACCGCAUUUAUACUCGAUAUCGUGGGCAGAAAAAUUCUACUCACUGCCAGCGCAUUCGUACUCUUCGCAAUUUGGGUAAUCGUCAUGUUCACAAGAUCUGUACCUAUACUUUACGUAAUGAGAAUAAUGUUCGGCGUAUUUGUGGGCCUAAACGAUGGCACAAAUUCCAAUUACUUGGCUGAAAACAGUUCCCCGUACAUUCGAGGGGUAUUCGGAGCUGUCUGCAUAACCCUUUACUAUAUCGGUUUACUCGCCGAGUUCACCAUCGCUACCUACUGCUCGUACAGCAAUACCGCCCUUAUCAACGUAAUUAUCACAUUUUUAGCCUUCUUGCCAGUUAUAUGGAUCAAAGAACCAGUGCAAUUUUUACUCAUGAAAGGAAAAAUAGCCAAGGCAGAGAAGAAUUUUGCCUGGUUGCACGGCAGCAACAUGAACAGCGAAGAGAUCAAAGUGGAAUUUGAACGAAUUAAACAGAACGCACAAGCUGAAAAUUUGAAAAAAUCCUCCUUUAAAAAAACAAUCACAGCUCCGGCUAAUUACAAAAGUAUGUUCAUCAUGAUCACCAUCCAUGCAUUAGCUGGAAGCACAGGGUAUUUUCCAGUCAUGUCGUACGCUUCGAUAGCUUUCUCAGCUUCGGAUAUCUUGACUCCGAAUGAAUUUACUGUACUAUUUGGUAUUGCUCAAACUCUAGUCGUAGCUCUAACAUCUUUCGUCAUUAGCCGUUUUAGUCGUAGGACGAUCAUCUUGAUCUCAUUUUCAUUGAUCGCUGCCAGUCACGCUGUGACCACCGGAUUGUAUUACGUUAACUCCAAUGUGGUGGCCAUUCCUUAUUUUCCUUGGCUGAUCUUUGCCUCGAUUACGUUUUACGCCAGCGUUUACGCUUUCGUUUAUCCAGUCGUAUUCGUUAUUCGAGGAGAAUUGUUCCCUUUGAGUGUGAAGGCUACCGGAGGUUGUCUUUCUGUCAUUGCUUUUUCAACUACUAGUUUCUUGACCACAAAGAUGUUCUUAUAUAUUUCAAAUGCCUACGGAAUCGAAGCAAAUUUCUUGCUGUUUGCUUUUCUCACCCUUCUUACUAUUCUAUUCGUAUAUAUUUUCUUGCCUGAGACGAAAAAUAAAUCGUUGAUUGAAAUACAAGAAAUGCUCGAAAAGAAUGAUUAAUUUAUCCGAAUGAUUUCAGUGAGGAUACUUCUGAAUUUUUCUUUCGUCACAGUGGUAAAUUCCGAACACUGUAUGCAUUUACCCCCCCCCCCCCGCAGGUUUAUUGAACUCCAUUUUUCAGCAGUAAAAUGCAUAAUUUUCAUCACUGUGAAGUGUGAGUGAUAUGGGAAUUCAUCAAUGAAAAUGAAAAACGCCAAGAGACAUUUUCAAAUUUUUUAGGUCUCACUCUAGAUUACAUCUAUAAACUGCUCAAGAUGAAAAUUAGUCAAAAAAUAAGCGUGAUAAUAUUUAUGGAUGUUAUAAUGUUUCAGAAAAUAUAAUUUAAGAAUGAUUUAUAAAAGUAGGUAUGUAUGUAAAAGUUUUGAAAAUAAGCUCAAAAUAUUGUUACCUACACAGUACAAGGAUGAUUAACUAUUUUGUGAUAUUUUUAAUAAUAUGUAGUCAUUUUUCAUUUUUCAGUA